CAACUGGAAGCCAGCCUGAAUGAAAGCGGGUUGAAGUGGACCCUUAAUCCGGCUGAUGGGGCAUUCUACGGACCGAAAAUAGACGUCACCAUAUGCGAUGCUCUCAAGCGACGUCAUCAGUGCGGUACCAUUCAACUCGACUUCCAACUGCCUGAGCGCUUUGAUCUUACUUACCAGACCGACGGAGAAGCCACACCCGCCGGAGAUGCAAGUGAUGGAAAAGCUCCUAAUGUCCAACUAAAGCGCCCUGUUAUCAUUCACCGAGCCAUCCUGGGUUCUGUCGAGCGCUGCAUGGCAAUCCUGGUUGAACAUUUUGCCGGCAAAUGGCCGUUCUGGAUUAGCCCUCGUCAAGUCCUUGUGAUCCCUGUUGUAUCCGCCGUUGAUGAUUAUGGCCGAGAAGUCCAGCAGAAGCUUCACGAGGCCCACUUCAUGGUGUCCAUUGACACCGACCCGGGCCGCACUCUCAAUAAAAAGAUCAGGAAUGGACAGUUGUCCCAGUAUAACUUCAUCCUUGUUGUCGGUGAGAAGGAGAAAGCCAACGGCACUGUAAACGUGCGCACUCGUGACAACAAAGUUCUGGGUGAGCACAAGGUGACAGACCUCAUUGAACGCUUCAAGCGCUUCACCGAAACACGCACCCUGAACGCCGAGACCGAGUUCUGA